AUGAUAUCAUAUAUGCUGGAUGGAGCUGGCCAUCUUAUAUGCAAUAGGGAGAUACUUUCAGAAGACAUAGACGAUUUCGAUUUCACACCGAGACCAGAGUUUCCAGGUCACUUCACUGUGCAUAAUGUGCAAAACGAGUUAGACUGUAUUACAUUUUUCUUUGAACAUAUUCAAAGAGUUCGACCGAAUAUAUUGGUUACUUACAACGGUGAUUUUUUUGACUGGCCGUUUAUUGAAGCACGGGCUGCCAGUUAUGGUCUUUCUAUGUACGAAGAAAUUUCAUUCUCCCGCCAAAAAGGUACUCGGGGUCCAGGAAGAGAUGGAGUUGCUGGCUCUGGAACACUAUGCGAAGCACUUCUGAUGGUUCAAGCUUACGCAGCUAAUGUUAUCUUUCCCCACAAGCAAACAGAUGGUGAUUCUGGACUUAACAGUUUAUUACCUAGCGGUUCUGGAAUCUCUGGAAAGUUUACAGAAGAUGGACACCUUAUUGAUUCAGAGACUUACGUUGGCGGACAUGUGGAAGCCUUAGAAGCAGGGGUUUUUCGAGCUGAUAUACCUGUCAGAUUUCGUUUGGUCCCAGCUGCUUUAGAGGCAUUGAGAGCUGAUGUCAGACGUUGUCUGUGUCGCGCCUUACAGACUGAAACAGGUGCAGAAGACGAAGAUGCAUUAUUUAGUGUUGUACCAAAGGAUUACUUUAAUAAGGUUUGCGGACAGGUGGAGAGUGCUUUGCAACAAUUAGCUUCCACACCUAACAGAAUUGAAUGCCCAGUCAUUUAUCAUUUGGAUGUUGGUGCAAUGUAUCCCAAUAUAAUUCUUACAAAUCGACUUCAACCAUCAGCUGUUGACUCUGGUUCUGCUACUAAAUGCGCUGACUGUGAUUUUUAUAAGCCUGGAAUAUCUUGUCAGCGUUUUAUGCCAUGGACAUGGCGGGCUGAAUUAUAUACAGCCUCUCGACCAGAAGUUUACCGAAUUCAAGCUCAACUUGCUCAAGAACGCUUUCCUAUAAAGUCAGCGGAUGCCGGUGACAAAUUCCCUAAGACCGUAAUUAAGGGGUUUCAUGAACUGUCAAAAGAAGAACAAGCGGUUGUUGAGAAAAAGCGUCUUACUGACUUUUGUCGACGUGCGUAUAAGCGUAUUCAUACUUGGAAACGACAUUACGAUGAUGCAUGUGCUGCUCUAUCAGCAGGUACCGGUGAUUCGAAUUCUGUGAAAGAAGCCAAUGCAAUGCUCGUGCUAUAUGAUAGCCUUCAACUGGCGCACAAAUGUAUAUUGAACUCGUUUUAUGGUUAUGUAAUGAGACGUGGUGCACGUUGGUAUUCAAUGGAAAUGGCUGGUAUCGUUUGUCAUACUGGUGCAAACAUUAUAACCAAAUCAAGGGAGAUAAUUGAGCAAAUUGGUCGUGCUCUAGAACUGGAUACUGAUGGCAUAUGGUGUAUUCUUCCCGCAAGUUUUCCGCAAAACCUUGAAUUUACUGCUAUCGGUCCAAAACCUUCUCGUAUUUCUAUUUCUUAUCCUGGAGCUAUAUUAAACAUAAUGGUUCAGGACCUCUUCACAAAUCAUCAGUAUCAUGAAUUAGUUCAUCAGCAGACACUAACUUACAAAGUUCGUUCGGAAAAUUCUAUAUUCUUUGAAGUUGAUGGUCCGUAUAAAGCUAUGGUUUUACCGGCUGCCAAAGAAGAAGGAAAACGUUUAAAAAAACGCUAUGCUGUUUUCAACUUUGACGGUAGUUUAGCCGAAUUAAAAGGAUUUGAGAUUAAACGGAAUGGUGAAUUACAACUUAUAAAAAUAUUUCAGUCAUCUGUGUUUGAAGCAUUUUUGCGUGGUAAUACUUUGGUAGAAGUUUAUUCAUCAGUAGCUAAUAUUGCUGAUCAUUGGUUAGAUGUACUUUAUUCUAAAGGAGCCGAUAUGCCAGACUCAGAACUAUUCGAUCUAAUUUCAGAAAAUCGAAGUAUGUCUAAACGACUGGAAGACUAUGGAAGUCAGAAAUCAACUUCUCUGAGUACUGCAAGACGAAUGGCUGAAUUUCUGGGCAACCAAAUCGUUAAAGAUGCAGGUUUAUCUUGUCGGUACAUUAUUGCGCGACAGCCUGAAGGUGCACCAGUAACUGAAAGAGCUAUUCCUUUAGCUAUAUUCCAGGCGGAACCAUCAGUGAAACGUCACUAUCUUCAAAAGUGGCUGAAAGACUCUAACCUUGACGAACAUACUGAUUUGCGUGAAAUUCUUGACUGGUCCUAUUACAUUGAACGCUUGUCUAGCGCUAUACAAAAAAUUAUCACAAUUCCAGCGGCUGUGCAGCAAGUUCCCAAUCCGGUGCCUAGAGUAAGACACCCUGAUUGGUUACUUCGUAAGUUGGCGGAGAAAACAGAUACAUGCAAACAACGCAAGUUAACAGAAAUGUUCGUUCUUCAGUGUCCAGUGGAAAAUCAGCUUUCAGAACAGCAACAUAUGACGUUACCAGACUUGGAGGCGAUAGGCUCGAACAGCGAGGAAGAUGUCAAGUGGAAACAACCUGUUGUCACUCGUCAUCUUUCUACAAAGCGAGUUCGGUCGUCCAGCGGUCCUCCAAAGUCAUGGCGUGAACAAUUAGGAGAGCCUCCAAGCUUGGAUGCUGCAAAUACUCCGAAAAAGCUAGCUGAGUGGUUGGAAUUCCAUCAAGCUAAAUGGCGUAUACAAUUGGAACAGAGGCAAUAUUACGCAAAGUAUAAAGACAAUACGAAUGGUAAUUUGGAUUUAAACCAUAAUCUGUCAUUCCUACCGCCGUCUAAGCGGCAAUGCGGCAUGGCGAGAUAUUUGAAUCAAACUCGAACAAAUCUGUUCACAGCUGUAUGGCAGGUCAUAGAAAUUGUUUCAGAUCCUGGACAAUUGGGUCGUUACACUCUAUGGGUUUUGCUCAAUUCACCUGGAUCUAGUAUAGUCCCAACAUUACACUCAAUUAAUUUAACAGUGUCCAGAAAUUUCUAUGUCAAUUUACGUUCUCCGAAACCCAGCGACUUUGGUCCACUUUAUCGUAAAGUUUCAGGAAAUGCAUCAACAGGUAGAGAAACUGGGAGUGCAAGUGGUCACAUUCUUCCUAGAAAUCACACAGUUUAUCAUUUAUAUGAGUAUAAUGUUCCUGAGGAUGUUUACAUUGAACAUGCUUCAGAAAUUGCUACUGAUCUAGCCAGACCAGAUAUUGAGGGGGUCUAUGAACUUGGCGUACCGAGCUUAUUUCGUGUUCUAAUGAAAUUAGGCUGUUUAUGUACAGUUGAUCGAGAGGCAUUAAAGAAGACUGAUCAAUUUCCUUUGCUUCCUGACGAUACAAGUUUCAACUUGGAUCAACUGCGUUUCUGUUCUUUAGCUCAACAUCCUUAUCUUUCUGGUCAUGUAUUGCGGCAUGUGUUCUUAUUUCACUAUCAGUUACCUUCAUUUGGACAAGCAAUUACAAAAAGAGAUUCACAACGUCAGCUUUACCUUCUGAUUGUACCAUGGACUGGUUGCGGCUAUAUCUGUGUAAUCGACACCUCGAAAAUUAACCAGCUGCCCGAUUUAAAUGGAUUAUAUGUGAGACAACGUACCAAUUUCACUGACUUUGAGACGCAUAUUGAAUCAGACGCAGUGAACGGUCGACGUGUAGUUCAGCGUUGGAUCGCUAGUCUACGUCAAGGUGUAUCAGAAGCACACUCAAAGGAGAUAAAUAUAACUGGCUCACAGUCAGCUGCACCCGUUGUUAUUCUACUGCAUUCUUCUAUUACUUCACAACAAGCUAUAGCGGGUGGUUCUAAUGAAGUGAAUUGGCCUUUGAAUGACGACCUAGUAGGACGUCGUCGUAGCCCUCAGUUGACUGCCUUGACCGGAUUUCCUGUUAUUCAACUAGGAGGCACUAUGGAUGAAGGUGAAAGUCAGACGAGUGGUGACACAGAAGCUGGAACAGGCGCCUACAGUCUUUUAAAUUGGCAACAAACAGCUAUCAAACGGGGUAUUCGUUACUUCUUGCAGUCUGAAGCACGUCUCGAACGACAGUUAGAACUGGCGCGCUACUUACAUAUUCCCGUUGGCAAUAUACCGGUUGCUGAGGCUCCUUUACCAGUUUCACUGGGCACUUUUGAAGAUCAAGAUGUUCAAUCCCCAGCCAGUUCCAUAAGUGCCAUUGAACUGGGCUGUGAUUUAUUUUAUGCCAGGCAUUUAAUCAAGCAUAAUCAUGUCCUUUGGUGUUCGUCUUCUGAUCGCCCAGAUUUGGGUGGGAAGGAAACUGAUGAUCAGCGUUUGCUACUUGAAAUGGAAGAAUCAGGAGUAGCAGAAGUCAAUCGGCCUGGAUGCUAUCCGUAUGUCAACGUCGAAUUGGAAUUGUCCAAUUUAGCGGUGAAUACUUUGAUUGUGGCUAAUCGUAUUCCAGAACUGGAAGGUGCUACACUCCUAUCGUUCGAUCGUUUGUCUGCUGCAGAUAAAACCCUCGAAGAACAAUUGAAUCAAGGUGUAAAUUUAGGUGCUCAGAUUACGAACUAUGAUGAAACGGCUGCUUGCAGUGCGGCCUUUCGCGUUCUUCGCAAUAUGGUUAUGUCCUGGGUUCGUGAUGUAACGCAGUAUCAAAAUCCCCUAGCUGAUGAACAGAUUAUCUAUUUCUAUCAAUGGCUUCGAUCACCUCGCUCAUUAUUCUAUGAUCCAGCAUUAAGGCGAACUGUACAAAAGUUAAUGAAGAAGGUAUUCCUUAAAUUGGUCGACGAAUUGAGCCAUUUUCAUGUGGAUGUAAUCUAUGCCAAUUUCAGCCGUGUAAUUAUAUCUACUCAUAGAAUUGAGUUACCAGAAGCUUUGGCGCGUGUGGACUAUUUUACACAAUUACUGCGUACACGUCCGGGAACACUAUUCACUCAUAUAGAUUUACAGUAUGUAACUAGUUGGCGUCAGUUACUUUGGAUGGACUCAGCAAACUAUGCUGGUGUUAAGGCUUCUGUGGAAAAUUUAGUUGAUGGUAAAGAUGUUGAAUGGAGUGAGCUUCUAGUCAGCGGAAAUGUAUUGGUUGAUAACCCUGAUGAUAAGGAGAAUAAUGCCGUAGAACAAACUGAUGCAUCAUUAUCCGACCCGGAACUUGAUAUGCAAUGGCAUAUUGCACGCUACUUGCCGGAGACACGUGGUUUAAGAAGUAAAUUUCAAAGUCUUUUAGCUGGAUACAUACUGGCUACUUAUAGUGCGAUACGGAAAGAACAUCGACGUCUGCGUGGGUUAACCAGUUCUCAAUCAUUACAGAAUGAAUCAUCUCAAUCUCCUGUGGCAUCUCAUGUUAAUGUGGAACCAGGUCGGGAUUCGGACUGUGCAAAUGUUAGUGAAACAUCACCUUAUCAGUCAGAUGCUACAGUCUCUCCUGGUGUUCGAGAAUAUCAAGAACGUUUGCUUAGAGAUCAGUUAGCUCCGGAGCUGUAUAAUUUAAUCAUUCGUCUACAGCGUAAAGCAGCUUGGAUAGAUCCAGAAUUGAUGAAGAAUAAUCACUCUUCGAACAGUACUUGCAACAGUGAUAGACUGAAUAGUUCAAAGAAAAUACAACGGAAUAAUGAAAUUGUAACUGUUUAUUUAGCAGAGAAGUCAGUUAUUUCACGCUUAGAUUAUGAUGAUACUGAUAUGUCAAAUCAUGACUUAAUUUUACCUCUUUUGCCACCUCAUCAAGCUGUGUACUCCCUCUGUUUCACUCCUCUACUCGAUUUUAUAAAAUCCCUAUGUGAGGUAUUAAGUUUAGAGCCCUCUAUUCAGCUCCAAAUGGCAGGCAUCAGACGGGAUCUACUUCGUUUGAUCAAUAUUGGAGAAUUUUCUUCUGAGGCUGUUUGGAUCGCACCACAUAUGACUAGAGAUUGUCUGUUAGAUCAAGAUCCGAACCAGCAUACUUUUGAAACAACUGCUAUUCGUUCUUUAUUGAUAUAUCUACCGGAAGUUGCGUGUCCCACCUGUAAUUUUACACGAGAUAUAGAUGUGUGUCGUGAUAUACAUGUUGUAUGGAUACUCAGUCCGGUUAACAAUGAUACCAGAGAAUCAGGUCAUUGGGCUUGGAUUUGUCCGCAUUGUCGUACAGUGUAUCCGCGUGCUAGAUUGGAGGAAGCACUUGUCCAACAACUUGAACAAAUUUCUCUCCAACAUUGUCUACAGGUUUGCUAGCGUUAUUGUUUUUUUCACGAAGUGUAAUUUAUGCCGUAAACCAUAUUAUAUUAUUGUUAUUUUUCCCUUGGGUUCCUAGUGGAACAUGGGGCUUCAGUAGCACGUCUCCAUUUCACUCUGUUCUCUACAGUCUUUUCAACCUGGCUCCACCACUGCUCACAAGCUUUCACUGCUUCCUCACACCAUCUCCUCCAUAUCACUCUCACCUCGGACGCCCAGCUCGUCGUUUCCCAUUUGGAUUCCACUCGAGGUCUGGCCUGGCACAUGAUGUCCUCAUACGGUCUUUUCAGUGCAUGCCCAAUCCAAUCGAUCUUCACUUUCUUCUGCAUAUUUGUUGGGCGAUGGGUUGUUGGUUGGUUCGUUGCCAGGUCAGAGUUCCUUGUUGCUUUUCCUUUCUGGCCAUUUGACCUAAUCUUCAGUAUGGAGUGAGCGUAGGCGGAAGCUGUUGAUGAAUAUUUAUAGGUUAUUGGAAGUGCUUUUGUUUGCACGCCAAGUCUCUCAACCAUCACAUAGAAGGACUGACUUGACUGAGAUUAGUAUCGCAAAUCCGGAUCUUGUUCACGUUUUAUGCUGAGUGCAGUGCAGUAGAUCUCCACACUGAUUUCAGGUUAAUGAAGUCCCUUAUUGCUUUUCCGAUCCUGGCUUUGACAUCCUCGUCUGUGCCGUCGCCUGUAGUUGAAACGAUGCUGCUUAGGUAGGUAGGUGGAAGAGACUACUUCCUUUAGAUUUCUCCCGUUGAUGGUGAUUGGUGCUUGUUGUUGUUGGUUGGAUAUCUUCAUCACCUCUGUCUUCUCUACGUCUUGUCUUCGCUGCCCUGUCUCUUCUGUCAACUUGUUAGUUUUCGUCUGUAGAUCAUCAAGUUUGUGCGACAAGACAUUUGGCAUAAAUCAUCAUCGGAGAAGUCCAAAUCUUCUAGGCUCUUUUCAUCAGGCCAACCAGCGUAUGUCCAUCUAUCGCUCCUCAUGGUUUGCUUCAUGAUCCAGUCCAGUCAAGUGGACUACAAUCAGGAAGACCAUCGGUGAUGAUAGUAGGCAGCAACCUUGUCUUACUCCUGUCUUCACUUCGAAGGCGUCACUGAGCUUUCCAUUGUGAAUCAUUUGGCAUGUGGCGUCGCCAUAUAGCUGCUGCUGAAUGAGGUUAAUAAAGGUUUGUGACACUGAAACCGUAGUGCUGAUGCAGCUGCCUGCCAAAUUACUUCUCGGUCAACGCUGUCGAAGGCCUUUUCAACAACGACGAAGUUGAGGCAAAGAUCCAGUUGAAUGCCAUUCUAUGCUCUGCUCUAUGAUGAUGAUGAUGAUGCGUAGCGUAGCGUUGCAAUUUGAUCCGCACAUGAUUUGUUCUUCCUGAAGCCAGCCUGCCUGCAGUCAGUCUGUUCCGGUCGAAAUUUUGGAAUGCAGAGCAUUUUUAAGUCUCUCCAAGGUGAUGCAGCUUAAUAUUUUGCUCGGUGUGGACAGGAGCAUGAUUCCUCGCCAGUUCUUGCAAAGAAUUAGGUCACUUGUUUCGGAAGUUUGACAAGGUAGCCCUUCUUCCAAUCUACUGGUACCUUUCCUUUAUUCCAAACCUUCUGCAAUAGUGGUGUGAGCAUGUCCGCUGCUGAUGUCUCUGUGUCUGUUUUCAGUGCUUCUGGUGGGAUCCCAUCUGGUCCUGCUGCUUUCCUGGAUUCCAGCAACUUUAUGGCGUUCAGGACUUCGGCUUUUGUCGGGGGAGGGGGGGGGGCUUGGCCGUAAGCCAUAAACCUAGUUUAAUUCAUUGACCAUAUUUAUAAUCCAAACUUUUCUAUGGAGAAUUAUUAUCAACUUGGAAUUUUUAUAUAAAUUAACCGGUAGUGUCAUUGUUGGUUUUAAUGGAUUGACGAACCGCUUAUCAACAUAGGGCACUUUUAUUGAAAAAGAUUCUGGACCUAUGUAGAAAGAAGACUGUGUCCCUGAAAUCCUUUGGUUCUUAUGCUUAUUCCGGUCAUUAUAUUUAAAUCGGAAGGUCACUAUUAUUUCAACGUCUGUUUGUUAUACAUGUACAACAUGCCUUGCAUUGUUAUUACCUGAAUUCCUCUCCUGCACCAGUUCGUCUGACUCCCUAAUUUAAUAUAAUGCUUUCUGUUCGAAAAUAUACUAUUGUUUUUGCUUAUAAAGUUUCUGAACUGCGACUACUGCACUCACAGUUGUUAAUAGAAACAUCGAUUCAUCCUACUUUUCACCAUCUUUUGUGAGACAUUUUGCGAAUCAUAUUGAAGGUAUAGUACUCCGAAUUUUCCUCUUUUGAACUGUAGUGAUUAUGCCCGAGAUAUGACCCUAAAUAUGUAUGAUGGGAAUUCGGUCGCUUCGAAGAUUAAUUCAUAUCCCGAAAUGACGCUUUCAGCAGAACUAUUGAGACCAGUAAGCACCAUAUAUGUGAAACCUUCUAGUCUGAGACUCUUAAAUGGUCACUGUCAUUGAUCAACUUGUAAGUCGAAAGCGGUGUUCCGCGUUCUUCAGAGAAUCUAUCCUUAGUAAGAGUUCCUAGUAGAAUCCAGUAUUCAAGUUGAGCUAACGUGUUCCUUCUUUUGUAAUGAGUUAUUUAGAAAACAGUCUUUGUCAGUAGCUAAUUGAUACAGUGUGGCUCAUUGGCUUUAUCACUUAACUUCACAAAAGUUAGUUACAGUUUUAAGUUCUACCCCAAGUGCUUUGGUCAGUACAGCUGACGCUAUAGGUGUGGCUUAUAACCUAAUUUAUGAAACCUGUUUGUGUCGGGUUGCACUAACUGGUUUCAUCAUGUCAUUCUCUUUCACAGGAUCUUCAAUGUCCCAAGUGUGUUGUUGGCGGUGGGAUACAAGAGGCGCUGCUUGCAAAUGGUGGCUCAGUUGCUCAGUGUGCCGACUGUUCUACUAAACUGAUGCCUACCGUACCUACCGGGUAUGCAGUUUAUCGACGUCUAGACGUAUAUCGUAACGUCGGUUUAUAUUUCGGUUUUGAAUACUUGGAAAAAACUGCUUCCUGGUUAAUUCAAGGCCUACAACGAUAGAGGACCAAACGGUUUUUACAUUUCUCAGAGAUGAAAUUCGUCUUUUAAAAAUGCAUUUCUACAUUUUAUUUUGCUAGAAGAAUAUUUUGCCUUUUUUUUCUAAAGGUAUAUGCAUUUAUGAUAGUAUUGUAUUUACCGAAUGUACUUCCGAUUUUUACCCAACCUCUUUCCUAUUUUGUAUACUUUUUUUGCUAUUUCAAUAAAUACUGCCUCCAUCCACCUUUCUUUUUUGCUUCAGCAUAACACUGUUUUGAUGCAAACUAAUAAAUUAUAGUGUUUGGAUUGGUUUGUGUCUGCGUGUACGUUGUUUGCGAUAGUCGUUAAGCUUCCUAGUCAGCAUAAGAAUAUGGCUAUGAAUAUAAGUCCAAAUUACUACACAUAUGACGUUGAACUCAGUAAUGUUUUGCACUUUUGUGAAGUGGGG